AUUCAGUGGUGGAACUGUGUACUCUAAUUCAGGAAGUGAUAUGCUCCUUUGAAAUCUAGGCACAGGAUUUUGCUUUGUCACAAAACCCGUGAUUUUCUCAUCAACCAGAAGAACUGAUUGGUUGGCAGGAGCAGGGACCGAACAACGGGAGCUCACCUUGUCGCGGGGAUUCGAACCACCAACCUUCUGAUCUGCAAGCCCUAGGCUCUGUGGUUUAACCCACAGCGCCACCCGCACCCCUUGCUAUAGCUAGCCAAGGACUAAUAGGAUUCUUCAUAUUCAGUGGCAGAGAAGAUGGACGAUUCUUCCACGAUGCCAGAUUAUGAAAUAAGCACAACUUUUGACUAUUCGGGUUUAGUAUCCCUAGUCAUUGACAAAAAUGUGAAAAGAUUCACCUUUUAUUUUGUGCCACCGCUUUACUCUUUGGUGUUCAUAUUUGGCCUGCUGGGCAACUCACUGGUGGUUCUGAUCCUCAUCAGAUACAAGAAACUCAAGAGCAUGACCGAUAUCUACCUGCUCAAUUUAGCCAUCUCGGACUUGCUUUUCAUCUUCUCGCUCCCAUUUUGGGCUUACUACGCAGCGCACGAGUGGAUAUUUGGAGAUGCAAUGUGCAAAAUUCUCUCUGGGAUCUACUGCGUAGGCUUCUACAGUGGAAGUUUUUUCAUAAUCCUUUUGACUAUCGAUAGAUACCUGGCCAUCGUCCAUGCCGUGUUCGCAUUAAAAGCCAGGACGAUCACCUAUGGCACCUUCACAAGCGUUGCCACUUGGGUGGUGGCCUUAUUAGCCUCUCUGCCAGAAUUUGUAUUUCAUCAUGUUCAAAUGGAAUCUGAGAGCCACAGCUGUACCAUUCAUUAUCCCACCCAAAAGGAAAAAGAAUGGAAGCAAUUUAUAACUUUGAUGAAGUUCAUUUUGGGCCUAGCCAUUCCUGCAGUCAUUAUUAUCUUCUCUUACAUGCAGAUUAUAAUGAUUUUGAUUAAGGGUAGAAAUCAGAGAAAGCAGAAGGCUUUCAAGCUUAUUGCUGUGAUCAUGGUUGUUUUUUUCCUCUUCUGGAUGCCAUUCAACAUUGCCCUGUUGGUGCGGACCUUUCAAGAUUCAUUUUUCCCAUCUAACUCAGAGAAUAAUAUUGAGGGCAAGGUAACUUUAGGAAUUGAAGUCACAAGAGUAAUUGCUCUGGUUCACUGUUGCAUCAACCCUGUGAUUUAUGCCUUUCUGGGUGAAAGAUUUCGGAAAUAUAUCUCUAUCUUUUUCCAAAAGUGCAUGUUAGUUCUUCUCUGUAGGCUCUGCCCUGGUCGAAAUUAUCCUAUUUUGGAACGGUCUACUUCCUCCUAUAUAAGUUCAACAGAACAUGACAUUUCUAUUGGUUUGUGAAGUGAUUUCCAGUUGUCUUUGUCCAUCUUUUCUUUCUAAACACUUUAGUUGGUUAGGGUUGCCAUACAUCCGGGAUUUCCAGGACGUAGCUGGAAUAUAGCAGUCAGAAACAUUGUCCGGGGGGAAAUCGCUUAAAUGUCCAGGCAAAUCCGUACGUAUGGCAAUUCAUGUCGGGAGUCUAGUUUGGGGCAAGUUUUCUUAAAGCUGCUUCUUCUUUUUUGAGAUUUUGCAAAAGAAGCUCAACAACUCUUGCGUCCAGAUUUUCACUUUUUGAAAUUUGCCAACCCUAUGUUGGUAUAUCGGACCAAAGUAUGUCAGACUGCUAAGGGGGAAAUGAAAACAAUAUGUUAGGAUACUGUAUAACCUUUGGAGGGAAACCAUUCCUGUGCCCCUUCCCCCUUGGGGCUCCUGUGGGGGAAGGGAGCAGGCAGAUCUGGUAAGACAUAUUUUGAUGAACUACAAUUCCUGUUCUGAUAGGUGGUGCAAAACUGCUCACACAAAUUAUUGAAAAAUACUGAGUUUGUACAAAUAAAUGCCGAACUCUAGCUUUGGAAGUCAGUUGUAUCAGGAAAGUGAAGACAAUUCCUAUCAAAUUUCUCUCAAUAUGAGAUGCAGAAAUGGAUCCAAGUAUCACGAAGCCCAGGAUGUUAAUGAGUUAUCUCUGCCAUUAUCUGGUCUUCCAAUUGAGGGAGCCAUAGGGACAGGUUCAUAUGGACAUCUGAAGCAGCCUUAAGUGGGCCAGAACAUUGGUCCAUUAUUAACCCAAUACCUGGAUAGGCUGCAGCUGAUUCAGGACUUCAGGCUGAGUUUUUCUCAAGUCCUGCUACCAGAAGGCCCUAUAAGUGAAGAUGUCAAGGACUGAAGUUAGUACUUUCUCCAUUUAAGCACCACCAAAUUCAAUGGAACUUACUCCCAGUUCACUCUGUAUAUAACUGCAGUCAUGCUGAUUCUAAUAAAUUCUGUAUUAUGCCACCUUUGGGAGAGUGCAUAUUAUUUUACAAUAGAUCAACACAGGAGCUGUUUUUCAUCCUGGGGUUCUGGGAAAUGUCACGAUGUCUCCUGUACUACCUACACCUCUGUCAGGCGCUGCUCGUCAUAUUCCUAAACUUUUGGCUUCUUUGGAGAAGAGGUCUUACGCCAUUAAGGUACAUCAAACCAUGAUCAGCAUUUUCUUGUUUGACAAAGGAAAUGGCAAGGUCAGAACUCUGAGCAAUGCUUAUUCUCGUGAACCUGCCCUGGAAUCCAACCGGAGAGAAUGUGGUUGGUGACAGAUGGAGCAGAAAAAAUGGUUGGGAGGGGAAAGGCAAGGAAUCCGGCUGCCUCUCUCUCCACCCAUCAGAAGCUCCUCCAUUCACAACGGCAUCUUCUCAAAACCAAUUUAGUAUUUUUUUAAAAAUGUGACUGCAGCAGCUCCCUUACACACGUGGUUUCCCCUUGAGAUAAUGACAUGGUAAGAUAAAGACAAGGUUCUAUUACUAUUAUUAUUAUCUUUAAUAAGCCAUAUUAAAACUGUAUUUUACUGGGGGAAUGGCAAAUAAGAGUUAUGUCCAGUUUAAUAGGUGCUAUAGUUGGAAAUAUCCACACCUCUGCAGAUUUCCAGGACGUCACCCAUCAUUUUUAAAGGACAUAUACUGUAGAUGCAAUUUUGGUCACUGAGUUCGAGCCAGAAAACAACCCUGUCAACAUGCUGUACUCUACAUUACAGUAUUCAAUUUCUUUUGAAAGAUGACUAAGGGCCUCACUCAGGAAAGAGUUUUGUGGAAGCCUAUUGGACUCAGAUAGUCCUCUCAGAACCUGCUCCAAGUACCGUGAUGCCCAAGAUGAUAUAUAGUUCCUCUGUUACCUGAUCUUCUACUAGAGGGAGACAUUAAGCCCUGGAUAGUUGCAUAUGAACAUUUGAAGCUGGCAUUGGCAGUGUUAUACUCUUGGUUCAUUAAUCCAGUAUUGUCUACUUGGAUAAGCAGCAACUGAUCCAGGAAUUCAGACUGAGUUUUCCUCAAGUCCUGCUACCAGAAGGCCCUAUAAGUGAAGAUGUCAAGGACUGAAGUUGGAACCUUCUGCACGUAAAGCACCUUUGAGUUCAAUGGAACUUACUCCUCGUUUACUCUGUAUACAACUGCAUUCAUGUGGAUCCUAAUAAAUAGUGUAUUGUG